CCAUUUACUCUCCACAGAACGCGCCAGUGAGUGACCGAAGCAACAAAGUACACGAAUCUGAAGAGAAGGACGGCAGAAUUGUCCUAUUUCCCAAGAAAUGUAUUUUGUCCGCACAUCUGCAUCUGUCAACUUAAAUAGCGCAUUGAAUGCGGAAGUUGUAGUUUGUUAUGGUUUAUUGGAGAGGCGCUUGCUGUGUCAUUGCCGAGAAUGUCGACAUCAGGGACUAUCAGCAAUUAUUAUGUCGACUCCCUUAUAAUGCAUGAGAAUGAGGAUCUGCUGUCGUCCAGAUAUGCCUCGGGUCCACUGGCACAGUCUUCUCGGCAGGCAGCCCUUGCAGAGCACCCCGACUUCACCCCAUGCAACUUCCAGUCCAAAGCCACAGUUUUCAGCACCUCUUGGAGCCCGGUCCAUGCUCAGAGUUCUGCCAAUAUGCCCACUGUCUAUCACCCAUACAUGCACCAGGCUCCGAUUGCUGCCGCGCCCGAUGGUAGGUACAUGCGCUCCUGGCUAGAUCCCAUGCCGGGAGCCCUGUCUUUCACCGGGUUGCCUUCCAGUAGACACUACGGCAUCAAACCCGAGCCUGUAGCUGCCCGCAGGAGUGACUGCACCACGUUUGAAACACACACACUGGCACUAUCAGAAUAUACUUGUGGAAGUUCUCCCGGCGACAAACGUGUGAGCGAGGUUUCCUUUUCUGAAAAUAACGGAGAGAUUGAGUCAAACGCAGAUAAACUACACAUGGAUCCAAAUAACCCAUCCGCCAAUUGGUUGCAUGCAAGAUCUACCAGAAAGAAACGCUGCCCUUACACCAAACAUCAGACCCUGGAGCUGGAAAAGGAAUUCUUGUUUAAUAUGUAUCUCACAAGAGACCGCAGAUACGAGGUCGCCAGGGUCCUUAACCUUACCGAACGGCAAGUUAAAAUCUGGUUUCAGAACAGGAGGAUGAAGAUGAAAAAAAUCAACAAGGAACGACCCAAAGACGACCGGUGACACGAAUUCGAAUAUUUUUGAGAGAAAAAAAGACUCAUUCACAAUUACAAUCGAAAUAGGCCCCACUUCAGAAAGACUAUAUGUACAUUUUGUCAUGCCAUUAGCACAAAUUAUUUCUUUGCCAGUUCUGGACUACAUAUGGUGGGUAAAACGACUGAUACACUUGUUAGUUGGGAACCAAAGAGGGAGACAUUUACGGCAAGGUUAAGUAUGUGGCUACGGAAUCUACCUUACUUCACAUGAAAACUACCUUUUCUUAAUCCACCGCAAUUCAGUGUGGACAGUAAUUCAGUAAUAAUGUACUAAUUUAAUAUUUACUUGUUUUACAUGCAGCAAACGAGGCUGCUUAUAUACUUGAAUCCUUGUGUCUAUUGUCGUGAUUAUCUCUGUGACUGGGCCUUUGUGCUUGGGCGGUGUCCGAGUAAAGAUCGUGUAAACAAACAAAAGAAAAAUCUCAAUUUAACUCAGGAUGUUUAAUAUAAAGAUAACAGGCUGUGUAGUGCAUAUGAAAUGUUAUUUUCGUGGUGAACUUGGAACAUAUAUUGUAUUACUUUCACUGUGAAUGAACCUGUAGAAACUCCAGGCUUUAUGCUGUCUUUGUGAGACUGAGUAACGGCCUUGCCCGGGGUGCAUGACGAUUGUGUUGUUCUUCAGAAAUUAUAUGAAACUGAUUUGCAUAGAAUGCUAAUAUAAGUUGUAUUUCAAAGAGCAGCGCUGAGCAUAAUGCUACACGAUACUCUUGUCUGUUGUGAUAAAAGCACGAAUAAAGUUCUCAGACACUUUGUAUUUAUCGGUGUUGUGGUGCAAAGAAAAGUGUGAGAUUUGGUUUAAAACUACCUAUAUGUAUAACUAGUAACUACCUAUGUUUUGUGUGUAAAUGUCACCCUUAAAAUUGUUUUGACGCAUUUAUGCGAUGGAAUAAAUAAACAAACAAUAUUGUCAAUAAAUGUAAUGUGUACAAGGAAAAAACCUGGGUGCAAUAGAAAGAACAUAUACCACUGAUAUGUUUUAAAUGGGGGUUUACUUUAGACCUGUAGAGCUAACACAUUUACACUUGUGUACACGUUUGAAAUGAUUACCUCGUGUCAUAUUGACCAAGCUAUACUGUUUGUAAUGAAAUGUCAUUUUAUUUGUUGUCGAAUAAAAUACAUGUUUG